AUGUACCUUAAUCAUAAUUAUAACAUUCUUUUGUUUUAUGUGGAAAAAGUCAAGUUGGAAAAUCAACUAUUGUACAUUAAUUAUUUUAAUAUAUAUAGGUCUCCAAAUUAACAUCUCAAUAAAUAAAAGAUUAUGCAGGAUUAAUAUUCACAUAGUAAAAGACAAAUAUAAUUGGUUACUAAGCGGUAAUUUAAUAUUUUGAGAUUUCUUGAUAAGCAUUUAAAUAGUAAUUGACUUUAUGAUUGAAUAAACAAUCAUAUUAAUUGUACAGUUAAAUUUUAGUAAUUGAUUUAUCUGAUAAUCCUCAUAAAAUUUUAAAUUUAUGUAAUUCAGAAAUAAGAUAAAUUAAAAAAGAAACAGAAAAGAAGUUAUAAUAAUCAAUAGAUGUUGAUACUGUUAAACAAUUAAAAUUAAAUAUUUAUGAAAAAACUUGUAGCAUCAUGAUAAAAAUAGAAUAAUACCUUCAUUUGUACCUAUUAUAAUUUUAGGAUGGAAAUAUGAUUUAUUCUCUAAAAAUCUAGAUUAAGAAUCCAGAAAAGGGAUAACAAGAGGUUUAAGAUAUUUAGUACAUACUAAUAAUUGUUCACUUGUAUUUGGAAACAAUUAAGAUUAUUAAUUAGUUAGAUAGACUUUGUACAAUUAUUUUAUUUAUAAUUAAGUUAUUAUUAUUAUUAUAAAAUUGAAUAAUAAUCAAAUGAGUAGAAUAUCAUUUAAAACCUACUAUUUCAAUUUAUUAAUAUAAUCAUUAAAAAUAAUUAUGUAUUACUCAGCUUUCUAAUUUAAUUGAAAAUAUUAAUUUACCUCCAUCUGGCAAUAAUCCUCUGGAUAGAUUCAAUAAAAUAAUCAAAGAUCAAAUUGUUGCUGCAGUUUAUAAGCAAAAUAAAAAAAAAAAUUAUCUAAAAUAACAGAAGAAAAUGGAAUAAUUAUAAAGAAGAUAAAAUUGAUAGACUUCUUAAGUAAUUUGAAUUUUAAUAAAAAUAACACACAAGAAAAAAAGAAUAAGUAUUAAUUUGAUAUAAUAUUUAUAUAUAUUUUUAUUUACAAAAUGAUUUUAGAAUUAAUUUUCUUGAUUACAGGUGUACAAUCUAUUACAUUAAAAUUCAAAGUACCACCUGGAUAAUAAUAAUGUAUCAAAGAUUCUGUGUCUUAAAAUACACUUAUUUAUGGUAAUUAUGAUACAACAUCAUCACUUUAUACUUUUACAUUAAGUGUAAUUGAAUAAAUAUAUAUUAUAGAUUAUUAAUUAAUAGGAUUAAGAAUCAAUUAUUAUUGAAUACUCCUAUGAUAUCAAUCAAUAAUUUCAUUAUGUUAUGGAGGAAUCAGGAGAGAUUUCUAUAUGUUUUGAAGUAGAUGAUUAUUCUGAUAUUACAACUUUUAAUCUAUUUUAUGAAAGUGGUACUUAAACUAUAAUAAUAUUAGGGGCUGAAAUAUAUGAUUAAGAUUUAUUAGCAAAAAAAUAGCAUGUUCUUAAUUUAAAUGAAACUUUAGAGACAAUGGAAUAAUUAUAAUAAGAUAUAUCAAGAGAACAAUUAUUAAUUGUUGAUAGAGAAAAUAAAAGAAAAUAUAGUUUUACAGAUAUUUAAACUAAAAUUAUUGGUUUUGCUGGUAUAACAUUUGGAUUAUUAAUUAUUGUGGCUACUUGUUAAGUUAUUUAUGUUAGAAGAUUUGUAGUAUAUAAGAAAUUAGCAUGA